GACGCAGCCAUGAUGAUUGAUAGUAUUCUGCAGCAUCCGCCGGUAUCGGUAAAUCGUUUCAUUUGUGGGGUGGUUAAUCUAGCCGCAUUAUGAAGCUAGUAAGAUUUUUGAUGAAACUCAGUCACGAGACUGUGACGAUAGAAUUAAAAAAUGGCACUCAAGUCACCGGCACAAUUACAGGAGUUGACGUCGCCAUGAACACGCAUCUAAAAACAGUAAAAAUGACAAUAAAGAAUCGUGAACCGAUACAAUUGGAAACCCUUAGUUUACGAGGAAACAAUAUAAGAUAUUACAUUUUGCCUGAUUCGUUGCCAUUGGAAACAUUAUUAAUUGAUGAUACGCCGAAGGCCAAAGCCAAGAAGAAGGAAGCUGCGAGAGGUGCUGCCCGUGGUAGAGGACGCGGCGCCAGGGGCGGUAGAGGUGGCAGGGGUGGGCGAGGUAGAGGGAGAGGCAGGCGAUAGUGACAUUCAACAUAUUCUUCACAUGUACUUUCAACAUACACAUUUUUCUAUCUUUGUGAAAAGAAUCAUUAUUCUUCUAAUUUUAUAAAAACGUAUCUAUGCGAAGCUGUUUUCUUGAUAUAGCUCUGAUAAUAAAUUUCAAGAUAACUUUGACAUCCAUUUUUAAUAGAUUUAAAUGUAGAGCAUA